CAUUCUGGACGCUCCGUCGCAGCGAGGAGGCUUUCGUUCCUCCGUUUCUCCCAAUGCAUCUAUAUUUUCAAACCUGUAUACCGUCUGGGCGCAUUUUUAACCCAGAGUAGAAGAGAAAAGGUGACAGAAUUGGAUUCGCUUUCGUCUCACUUUAUUUGGUAUCAGUCUACUAUGGAUGAGGAGAGAGAGGAGGGGGGUUCAGGAGAGGAGCAGGAGAGAGCCGACUCCCCUGGACCCAGCUGUGUCUCCAUGAAGAGUGGCUGGUCUAUGGAUAUACCUCUUAACUUUAAAGAUGGAAAUCAGUCUAUUGAGAAGAGAAGAGUCCAGCAGCAGAGAGCAGACUCCCCUGGACCCAGCUGUGUCUCUUUGAAGAGUGGCUGGUCUAUGGAUAUACCUCUUAACUUUAAAGAUGGAAAUCAGUCUAUUGAGAAGAGAAGAGUCCAGCAGCAGAGAGCAGACUCCCCUGGACCCAGCUGUGUCUCCAUGGAGAGUGACUGGUCUAUGGAUAUACCUCUUAACUUUAAAGAUGGACGCCCAUCCAGAGAGGAGAGACACCAGAAGAGGUCAAAGGUUACCAGUGCUCAGUAUCUACAGCAGCAUCAAAUAGAGCUGAUCAAGAGGGCUGAGGAGAACGCACACGCUUUUCUUGACAAAGAGCUGAAGAAGCUCUGGAGGGAGCUCUUCUCAGAUUACCCACAAUGCUCAGAGAGUCAGAGGGAGGAGGUGGAGGAGGAGGUGAAUGGUCAGAAGGAGGAGCAGAGGAGGCGCGCCACAGAGGGAGUGGUGGACAUCACAAAGCUCUGCCUGAUGGAGAUGAACCAGGAGGAACUGGCCGACAAACUGUGGGGCCUAUCUGAUGCUGUCGAUAGCAAACAAAAAAUCAAGUCUCAUUUGAGGAAGAAGUUCAGGUGUGUGUUUGAGGGAAUCGCUAAAGCAGGACAGCAAACCGAUUUGAAUGACUUCUACACAGAGCUCUUCAUCACAGAGAGAGGCAGUGGAGAGGUCAACAAGGAACAUGAGGUCAGACUGAUUGAAACAUCCUCCAGGAAACCAGCCAAGGAGGAAACACCAAUCAGAUGUGAGGACAUCUUUAAACCCUUACCUGGAGAAGAUAAACCAAUCAGGACAAUAAUGACAACUGGAGUGGCCGGCAUUGGUAAAACUGUCUUAACACACAAGUUCACCCUGGACUGGGCUGAAGGCAAAACCAACCAGGACAUACACUUCACAUUUCUCCUCACUUUCAGAGAGCUGAAUUUACUGAAAGAGAGAGAGUUUAGCUUGGUGGAACUGCUUCAUCACUUCUUCAUCGAGACCAAAGAAGCAGGAAUCUGCAGAUUCCAACGGUUCCAAGUUGUCUUCAUCUUGGAUGGUCUGGAUGAGUGUCGACUUCCUCUGGACUUCCAGAACAACCCGAUCUGGACUGAUGUCACAAAGUCCACCUCGGUAGACGUGCUGCUGACAAACCUCAUCAGGGGCGACCUGCUCCCCUCCGCUCGCAUCUGGAUAACCACACGCCCUGCGGCAGCCAACCAGAUCCCUGCUGAGUGUGUUGACAAGGUGACAGAGGUGAGAGGGUUCACCGACCCACAGAAGGAGGACUACUUCAGGAAGAGAUUCAGAGAGGAGUCGCUGGCCAGAACAAUCAUCUCCCACGUCAAGAAAUCACGAAGCCUCCACAUCAUGUGUCACAUCCCAGUCUUCUGUUGGAUCACUGCUACAGUUCUGGAGGACUGCUUCAAAACAUACCAGAUAGGAGAAGAGAUGCCCAAGACCGUGACUCAGAUGUACAGCCACUUCCUGAGGGUUCAGUCCAUGCAGGCGGACAGGAAGUACCUUGGGAGAUCUGAAACAGAUCCACACUGGAGUUCAGAGAGCAGGGAGAUAAUUUUUUCUCUGGGAAAACUGGCUUUUAACCAGCUGGAGAAAGGCAACCUGAUCUUCUACGAGGCAGACCUGGCAGAGUGUGACAUCGAUAUCAGAGCAGCCUCAGUGUACUCAGGAGUGUUCACCCAGAUCUUUAAAGAGGAGUGUGGGCUGUACCAGGACAAGGUGUUCUGCUUUGUCCAUUUGAGCAUCCAGGAGUUUCUGGCUGCCCUUUAUGUCUUCUGGUCCUUUAUCAACACUGGGGUCAAUCUGCUCACAGAAGAACAGCCAACCUCCGGUGAAGAUAAACUCAACCUCUUCUACCAGAGUGCUGUGGACAAGGCCUUACAGAGUGAGAAGGGACACCUGGACUUGUUUCUCCGCUUCCUACUGGGCCUCUCUCUGGAGACCAAUCAGAUUGUCCUACGAUGUCUGUUGGGACAGAAAGCGAGUAGAUCACUAAUCACUCAGAUUAAAGAAUAUCUGUUGGGACAGACGGAAGGGGGCAAGAAGAAAACAGUGUCUUACAUCAAGAAGAAGAUUGCUGGAGAUCUCUCUCCAGAGAGAAGCAUCAAUCUGUUCCACUGUCUGAAUGAGCUGAAUGACCGUUCUCUAGUAGAGGAGAUCCAACAGUCCCUGACAUCAGGAAGUCUCUUCGAAACACAUGUCUCUCCUGCUCAGUGGUCAGCUCUGGCCUUCAUCUUACUGUCAUCAGAAGAGGAGCUGGACGUGUUUGACCUGAAGGAAUACUCAGCUUCAGAGGAGGGUCUUCUGAGGCUGCUGCCAGUGAUCAAAGCCUCCAAAAGAUCUCUGCUGAAUGGCUGUCAUCUGUCAGAGAGAGGCUGUGAAGCUCUGGCCUCAGUUCUCAGCUCCAACUCCUCUAGUCUGAGAGAGCUGGACCUGGGAACCAACGCUCUACAGGACUCAGGAGUGAAGCUGCUCUCUGCUGGACUGGGGAGUCCACACUGUACACUGGAAACUCUCAGGCUUAAUGGCUGUCAUCUGUCAGAGACAUGCUGUGAAGCUCUGGCCUCAGUUCUCAGCUCCAACUCCUCUAGUCUGAGAGAGCUGGAUCUGAGUACCAACGAUCUGCAGGAUUCAGGAGUGAAGCUGCUCUCUGCUGGACUGGGGAGUCCACACUGUACACUGGAAACGCUCAGGCUGAAUUGCUGUCAUCUGUCAAAGAGAUGCUGUAGAGCUCUGGCCUCAGUUCUCAGCUCGGACUCCUCUAGUCUGAGAGAGCUGGACCUGAGCACCAAUGAUCUGCAGGAUUCAGGAGUCAAGCUGCUCUCUGCUGGACUGGGGAGUCCACACUGUACACUGGAAACGCUCAGAUUGUCUGGCUGCCUGGUCACAAAGGAAGGCUGUGCUUCUCUGGUCUCAGCUCUGAGCUCCAACCCCUCCCAUCUGAGUGAGCUGGACCUGAGCUACAAUCACCCAGGAGACUCUGGAGCUGCGCUGCUCUCUGCUAGACUGGAGGAUCCACGCUGGAGACUGGACACUCUCAGUCUGGAGCACAGUGGAGUGUGGAGGCUGCGACGAGCUCUAAAGAAGUAUGCCUGUGAACUCACACUGGACCCCAACACGGCCUACAGAGAACUCUCUCUGUGUGAGGACAACAGGGAGGUGACGCUGGUUGGAGAGGACCAGUCGUAUCCGGAUCACCCAGAGAGAUUUGACUCCCGGCUCCAGGUGUUGGGUAGAGAGGCUCUGACUGGCCGCUGUUACUGGGAGGUAGAGUGGGAAGGAUGGGUUGAGAUAGGAGUGACAUACAGAGGAAUCACAAGGAGAGGAAAGGGUGAUGACAGCGAGCUUGGAAAGAACAACAUGUCAUGGAGUCUUUAUUGUUGUGAUGGUUGUGAUGAUGAGGAAGAUGGUGGUGAUGGGGAUGAUGAUGAUCAUUACUCUGCCUGCUACAACGGUAGUGAAACACCCAUACCUCUCCGCCCUGCUGGCUCUAACAGAGUAGGAGUGUAUCUGGACCGGCCUGCUGGCUCUCUGUCCUUCUACAGAGUGUCCCCAGGUGGAGGAGGGUCCUCAGACACACUGACACACCUCCACACCUUCUGGUCCUCCUUCACCCAGGAGGACCUCCUCCCUGCGUUUGGGUUCUGGGGGCUUGGGGGGUGUUCCUCAGUGUCUCUGUGUAAGUUAUAGUCUCUCUCUCUCUCUGUCUCUCUGUCUCUCUGUCUCUGUCUCUGUCUCUGUCUCUCUGUAUGUUAGGGAUGAAAAAAAUAAAUAAAAAGAGUGUGUGUUAAUGCAUAACUUUGUAUUAAUCGCGUUAAAAUGAAUUUGCAUUAACGCGUAA